CGAAAUGGCUGGUUGAGGCUGACCACAAGAAGCAGGGUCAUAUAUCUGCACACGGCACGUGAGACUUCCUUCAGCGAACCCUCAUUUUAAUCCCGAGAUAUUAUUCGUACAACUCCACUGAAGCCUCAGUCAGAUCGGUGCGUACAUUCCUGCGCGAGUCAUUCUGGCGCUCGACAAUCGUUGCCAUGGCCACUCCAACGCGACCCGCUCAUCGCGAAGACUUUCACAUUGCAAUUAUUUGCGCUUUACCACUCGAGGCGGAUGCCAUGACCCUGCUUUUCGAUGACAAUUGGGACGACGAUAACAAUCCCUACGGCCAAGCAUCCCAAGACACAAAUACCUACACGACGGGCCGCAUCGGGCUUCACAAUGUCGUCCUCGUCAUUCUUGGGAAUAUGGGCACAUCCAGUGCGGCAGCAGCGACAGUCAACUUGCGGUCAAGCUACAAUAACGUUGAGCUUGCCCUGCUCGUUGGAAUCUGCGGGGGCGUGCCCAAAAUCGCGGGAGAAGAUGUCUUCUUGGGCGACGUAGUGUUGAGCAAGACCAUCAUACAGUACGACUAUGGCAGGCAGUACCCCGGGAACUUUGUGAUGAAAAAUCUGAUCGAAGACAGUCUUGGGAGAGCAAGGAAAGGUAUUCGGAGUCUGCUUGUAAAUUUCCAGACGCGGGACGGUAAAGACACCCUGCAGACGAAAGCCAAGCAGCAUUUAAAACGCUUGCAAAAUUUAGCUGAAACAAGGCGUCUACAGGGCUCAAGGCGGAAGCGAGCCGAGGAUAAGUACAGAUACCCUGGGUCAGCUGAAGACAAGCUAUACUCGGCAGACUACACUCACAUACACCGUACAUCAUGCGAAUUAUGCGAAUUAUGCGAAUUAUGCGUAAGCGGAUCCGGGGACUUCUGCGAGUCUUCCAAGGCGUCGUGUGCCGAAACAGGGUGCGAUGAAGCCAACUUGGUUGUGAGGGCAUUCCCUUUCGAAGACGAUGAUUACACCCCCGAGAUCUUCAUCGGUCGGGUCGGCUCAGGCAACACCGUCAUGAAGUCUGGAAAAGACCGAGAUCGCAUCGCCGUCGCGCACAAUCUCAUCGCUUUCGAGAUGGAAGGUGCCGGCGUCUGGGAGGAAGUCCCCUGCAUUGUCGUCAAGGGCAUCUGCGAUUACGCAGACAGCCACAAGAACAAGAAAUGGCAGGACUUUGCGGCGGCAACUGCGGCGUCUGUAGCCAGGGCAAUUCUGGAGCGAUACUUUGUCAAUUAUGAACCCCAAGCCCAAGCCUUGAAGGCGCCGGAUGCGCAGGGGAACGGUCUGGAACAAACAAAUAGCAUCCGAUCCGUUGCAAAUAAUUCAUUUGGGAACCACGUCAAGAUUAACCAAGGCGACAGUUGGGGGGACAUUACGUUUUAA